GCGGGGGGCGGCCGCUGACGUCACGGCGGCUCGGCCGGCCGGUCAGUGCGUCUCCCGCCGCUGCCGCAGCAGCUGGGCGCCGCCGGCCGUGUCGUUCAGCCGUGCCAUGUCGCGACUCGGCUCGCAGGAGGAGAACCUGCAGGGUUCCUGGGUGGAACUCCACUUCAGCAGCAAUGGAAAUGGCAGUGGAAACACUGUCACGCCGAUGAGCCAAGAACAAGUACCAGCCUCUAUUUCUAUUCACAAUGGUGACAUGGAGAAAAUACUCCUUGAUGCUCAACAUGAAUCUGGAAGAAGCAGUUCAAGAGAAAGUUCACAUUGCGACAGCCCUCCUCGUUCCCAGACACCUCAGGACAGUCACAGAGCUUUGGAAAUAGAGAGCCACAGCAGUGGAGAAAAGAACAGCUUUCAGUCUGAAGAGGAUUUUCUUGAAAGGAGGAAAGAAGUGGAAAGGCUCCUGAAGAAGAACGCGGAUUGGAUAUGGGAUUGGUCCAGCAGGCCGGAGAACAUCCCCCCAAAGGAAUUCCUGUUUAAACAUCCCAGGCGCACGGCUACUCUCAGCAUGAGAAAUACCAGUGUAAUGAAGAAAGGGGGGAUAUUCUCAGCGGAAUUUUUGAAGGUGUUUCUUCCAUCUCUGCUUCUUUCUCAUUUGCUGGCCAUUGGACUAGGGAUUUACAUUGGAAGGCGCCUCACGACCACGGCUUCAAGCAGCGCCUUUUAAAGGCUCUGCAGUUGGAAAGCAAAGACUCGGCUGGGAAUGAAGGAGGUGACCAGCAGGAACGUCUGAGCUGGCGCUGACUGCCUGGGCAGCGUGUCUGGGUCCUGCGAGCGUGGUGUUCUAGCUUGGCAAGAAUGGGAGAGGGGACACUACGGCUGGUAUAUCAUUUAUAGGCUUCUGGAUCAAUUCAUAGAGCUCGUUUCAGGUGCAUUAACAUCUGUUCUAUUGCUUUGUAGUGAAGUAUCUUUUGAAAAUUAGAAGAACUCGCUAUUUAAACCCAAUCCUAGCUUUAAUAUAGCGAUUGUGAUUCAGCUAGGUGCUCUUCCGGACUGCUGGUUCUUUGUACUUCAUGGAUGUGAACAUUUGUCACUGCUGCUGUGACCAUGAUAGAAAAGGGAUUAGCCCAAAACAACGCGUGGCCUUCUGCGUCCUGCCCGGGAAUUGGGAGGCGCUCUGCCCUCACUCGAGGCAGCCCCUCCCUUGGGUGGCUGUUGCUGGGUUCUCUCCCGCUGCUGUGUGAGAUGGGAAUGGUGAGAGACCCGGCCAGCGGGAGCAGAGGAGCGGACGAGGGACGCUUCCCUCGGUUCAUGCUAGUUCAGAGUGGGAUGCGCAACGGCCUGAAUUCAAAUUUGGACUCUAGUGCCUGAUAAACAGCUGCUUUUGCGAAGACAUUUAUUUAACUCUCCAUUAACAGAAGUUCCUUCUGUUAUCUCUACUGGCACACUAUCGCUUCUCAGUCUUUUUAUCUGUAAAACAAUAAAUUUGCAUCUUCCAUCCUCCUCAUCCUUGUAUAGAUUUUAAAAAAGGGUUGCUUGCUUAUUUGUUUUUACUAAUGGAAUGCCUUUUCAUUCAGUGAUUUUACCUUAUUUAAUGAGAGGAAAACGAAUGUUUGCCAAAAUACCAUGUUUUAUAUAUUUAAAUAAAAAGGUUCCUUGUGGA